AAACAUAACCACACCCGUUUGAAAACCCGACCCUAGUCUUUAAAAUCCCCGAUUCCUAAAACAAUUACAGUCACGAACCCUAACAAAAUUGAAUUGGGGAAAUUGAUUUGUGGGAGAGAUAAGAGAAAUUGAAAGAUGAGUGAUGUUUCUGGAGCUUCAAGUGGGUCGUCAAUGGUGCGUUCAAAGAAAAGGGUCGUGGGUGUCCCAAAACAGUGUUGGUGCGGAUAUGAAAUCUCGACUUUGAUGUCAAGAUCAGACAAAAAUCCGUAUCGUCGUUACCAUAGGUGUUCUUAUGCUGUUUCAAAAAAGCUUGAGAAUGAUAAUCAUUUCUUCAAGUGGGUGGAUGAGGCAUUGUUAGAAGAGAUUAAUGUUCUGAAGAACAAAAUGAGUAAUCUUGAAGAAUUGGUGAAAGAAGUUAUGAUGGAACGAGGAGAAAGUGAGAAGAAGGUAUUUGAGAAGAUGGAGAUGAAGCUAGAGACAGAGCUUUUCGACAAGAUGGAGGAAGUGUUAAAGGAAGCGAAAUGGAGCAUGAAGAAGAUGUGUGCUGGAAUUGUAAUAGCUUGUGUUGUUGGGUUUGUCAUCAUUAAGCUUGUGUGAUGGAUUUCAUUUCGAUAAAUGUUGUUUAAUGCUAUGAAGUAGUACUUGUACUUGACGUUUUUUAUGUUGUUUAAUGAAUGAAAAUGUUGGUAUUUUCUUGGUUAUAACCUACAUGAUCGAGUCAUGUCCAUACAAAAGGAAGAAAACACCAAAAUAAGUAGAAGGAUUCUUGUUCAUCAACCAUGAAGAUGACAACAACAAAAUAGCCGAAAAAAGAAAGAAGACACAACCCAAAAAAUACUUCUUGCUCUUCCUUUCCUACUGUAGUUACCGCUAAAGAACAUCAAGCUUGAGAGGAUUCACCUUGACUAGCAAAGGUUUGAGAUGGUUCAGCUUGUGGAGCCUAUAAAGAUUAAAAAAAAGAGUCUUAUGUAAGUAAUGAAAGGAGAACCA